AUGAGCAUCUCUGAGAAAGCUUGUCUUCGGAUUCGUGUGACACUCUACGUGGUGUUUGCACUUUCGUACGCGAUUGGUGUUUUUAUAUUUCUGAGCCAUUUCAAGAAUUAUUUGGCCGCAUUUGGAUUUGGUGCUGCAAUUGCGUUCAUUGCUUGGACAACGGUGCUGUAUUUGGUGCCAGAUGCAAAACUGUAUCGUGCUUUUUCACCUGGAAGUGCAAUGCGAAUCAUAUUUCAGUCCGGUGUCUUGAUUGGCACGCUGGCGUUUUUCUGUGCGUCCAUCUAUGCUCUGGCGGAAGGCAUCAAGUUAAGAGAAACAUGGAAGGGAGAAUCCCACUUUUGCUCAUUUAUUGCGCUGCUGACAGCAUCAAAGUGGUGUUUCUUCUGCGGACUCCGCGUGCACAGAGUCUGCGAGCCCUCCAUCAAGGGUAAGAUGGAUGAAGAUGAUGAUGAUGAUGAUGUGGAAAACGCGAAUCUUUUUGAGAAUUGCUAUGACCUUGAGUUCGAGGAAGAAAACAAAUUGAAUGUUUAG